CUCUCCCUUGGGGUGAGGUACUACAAUGCCCCUGGGAUCACUCAAACCCCCUGAACUGAGCCUCUACUUUAGUCAAUCCUCUUUGGGUGGACACAUGCCCCUGCAUUUUGCAGUGCAACCCGAGUGAGAUAGAAUCAACAAAAAACGAGGAUAAGACGACACGAAAUAGAACGACACAAACAAAAGGUGAAAUCCCCAAUGAAUCUCCUCUAGUUCUCAGAAAAAUCACUUGAUUUAACAUGUGCCAGUGGUAAACACAAUCAGCAAUUGAAAAUGCAAGAGGACGUGUUUCCAGCAGCUGAAAAAAUCCUCUCGGACAUUGAGAAUGUGUUCCGUAAGGAUGUGAACCUUCAGAGUUUCGAGAUAAUUCCAUCACCGGACUCUGAGAACCGUUCUCCAGUGUACCACGACGAGAACUCCCUGGGUCUAGCCUCAUGGUGUGUCCAUCCCUUGUACACAUAUGCCUACACCCGCCUGAUGGACCUCCGCCCAAACAAAAUCCGUCGAGAGGAUCCCAUCGUGGUUUCCAGAUGGCUGAUGGGUGCCCUGCUCAUCAACCCUGACGUCCCCACCUUCUGGAACAUGCGUCGAGAUCUGGUGAAAAGCGGUCGUCUAGAUCCCCUGGAUGAACUCCGUUUUACCAGAGUUGUCCUCUACCACAAAGCCAAAUGCUUCGAAGCCUUUUCCUAUCGACGCUGGCUAGUGCAAUUCACGCUCGUCGAGCAAGAGAAUCCAAGCGUCGACGUGGAGUCCCUCCUGAGGACUGAGAUGACAGUAUCAGGAACAUCAGCUGAUCGUUACGCCAACAAUUAUCACGCCUGGAGUCAUCGACAGCAGAUGAUAUCAACGUACGAGGCACUUUGCCCUUCAAGUUUAGGUUCUCUACUUGUUUCCGAGUGGGAGGCCUCUGGUAAGUGGUGCAGUUGUCACGUUUCAGAUCACUCAGGGCUCUCCUACCGUCAGUUUCUUCUGAAGCGACUGCUUCUCCUGGAGAGACAGUCUGCAGAGACGAGACUCGUAGUUGUCCCUGAGGAAUUAGCAAGACGUAGGAAUACUAUCCUGGAUUUUGCGAAGGAAGCUACAGGCUUUGAUGAUGUCUUCUUGAUGUGCGACGAUUCUGCGGAGGUCCUGGAGAUCAUUCAUGGUUGUGGUAAAGGGAGAAGGAGUGGAAUUGAUUAUGACAGGGUUUUGAUGGGGCUGUCCUACUGGGUGGAGGACUGCACACUCAAUGAGGAGUUGAUUGAAGCAUUCCCUGGGCAUGAGGCCCUUUGGUAUCAUCGGAGAUUUCUAGCUUUUUCCUUGAGGGAAAUCUGUUGGGGAUACUCCAAGGACUCAUGUUAUGGGCCCCAGUGCUUUCAGCCAAGAGACUCUAUCAGGCUGGAUGGUGAUGGAGGGGAUAGCAGGAACUGUCUUCUCGAGGUGGCGUUCGAGAGGAGAAAUCAGGCGAUUGUGGAGAGGGCGAGAAAACAGCGCCAGGGGGAUGUCGUCGAGAAGUUUGUUAAAUUCCUGGUGGGUACUGGACUCAGGCUGGAAUCUUGAGGGGGAGGCAGAGAGCUAGAGGGGAGAUGUAUUUUUAAAUAAACGUUCUUAGAAAAGAGAA